GGCGACCGACGGCACGUAGAAUUUUGUUUUGGGGUAUAACACCACGGAUUAUCGUAACAUUUGGACUACAUGAAAGCUAUUUGGUUCGCAGAAAUCUAUCACUAUACUGUCAUUGCUAUUUUAUCUCGCUAGUCAAUUUGUUUUCACGAGUAAUUGGGGGAUGUAUCGUCGUGGAGCGGCAAAGAAGGACCACAACAACAAACCGGUGAAGAAGGACGUCAGUGACAGUGAUAAAUAUGCCGACCUCUUGGUGUUCGGCUAUGCCUGCAAACUGUUUCCAGACGACGAAAGGGCCCUUUACCACGAAAAUGGAAAACAUCUUAUUCCAUGGAUGGGGGACAAGAGCAUCAUGAUUGAUAGAUACGAUGGGCGUGGUCAUUUACAUGACCUUUCAGAGUAUGACAGCGGGUCAUGGAAUACAUCCUACCAGCUGUCGGAGGAGGAGGCCAGGAUUGAGGCGCUGUGCGAUGAGGAGAGGUACCUGGCCCUGCACACUGACCUGCUGGAGGAGGAGGCCAGACAAGAGGAGGAGUACAAGCGUCUGAGUGAGGCUCUGGCCGAUGAAGGCACCUACACUGCAGUGGCCUUCAAAUACAGUGCUGACUACUAUGAUCCCUCUCAGCCCACUGAGGAGGAGGAUGCUAACAGGGAAUCCGAAGAGGCAGAGGCUGAGGAGAGUGAGGAACCGUUCGUUGCUCCCCCGGGGCUCGCUGUCCCUCCCGAUGUGGAACUGCCGGCAACCAUCAAGACCCACAACAUCAUCGAGAGGACAGCUAACUUUGUGUCUCAGCAGGGGGCUCAGUUUGAGAUAGUCCUGAAAGCCAAGCAGUCCGGUAACUCCCAGUUUGACUUUCUCUGUUUUGACCAUUACCUGAACCCUUAUUACAAGCACAUCCUGCGGGCCAUGAAGGAAGGUCGAUACAACCUUCUCAAGAAGCAAGAGCAGGAAUCCCACUCGGAUGAUUCAGAUGAGGAUGGGGAUGGCAGCUAUCUCCAUCCCAGCCUGUUUGCCCCUAAAAGGUGCUCCCGCCUGGAGGAGCUGGUGAAGCCUCUAAAAAUAAUGGACCCAGAUCAUCCUCUUGCAGCACUUGUGAGAAAAGCCAGACAGGAAAGGAAUGGCACAGCACCAGUGACAAUCAAACCAGAGGAAGUGACAGACCCAGCUGCAUCCAGCGCACCAGCGCAGUACACUGCUGACUCGAAUGCAGCAGCGAUGUACUACGGAUACUACAUGCUUCCUGAUGGAACGUUCUGCUUGGCCCCGCCUCCCCCAGGGAUAGAUGCCAGCUCCUACUAUAACAGUAUACCCUCAGCUGUCAUAAGCUCCCCCCACUGUUCUUCUGAGGCUUUGCCUACACCCACCCCCCCUGAAACUGCCACGACACCACCUGCUACUGCCCCUUCACAGCUCACCAGCCCUGCUGCUCCUGCUGCUACCAGUUCCACACCGGCAACACAAGCCAUCAUUCCCCCACCACCUGACACGCAGCCAGUCAUAGACAAGCUGGCUGAGUACGUCGCUAGGAACGGUGUUAAGUUUGAGGCCAGUGUCCGUGCCAAGAAUGAUCCCCGGUUUGACUUUCUGCAGACUUGGAAUCAGUACAACACCUAUUACGAGUUUAAGAAGAAUUACUUCAUGCAGAGGGAAGGAAGAGGCUUUCCAGAGAGUGAGGCAGUAGUAGAUGAGGAUGAGGAUGUUGAUGAUAAGCUUCAAUCAGACGCAUCAGCCCAGGACUGCAGGCUGACUAAAGCCUCUUUUGCCCCAAUCUGUUUUGCCAUCAAGGCGAAGGAAAAUGACAUGCUGCCGCUGGAGAAGAACAGAGUUCGAUUAGAUGAUGACUCGGACGAGGACAAGUUGUUGGAGGAGCAGGGCCUGAAAGCUGUGAUGGGUGCGGCGGCUAUGGUCGACAAGGACCCCGCUUCAGCUGGUGCACCAGAAGAGAAGAGACCCUCCCUCAGUUUGGAGGAGUUGGGGGCAAAACAAGCCAAGCAGAAGCUGGAGGACCGUCUUGCGGCGGCAGCCAGGGAGAAGCUGGCCCAGGCAUCCAAGGAGUCUAAGGAGAAACAGCUACAGGCGGAGAGGAAGAGGAAAGCAGCGCUCUUCCUACAGACCCUCCGCGGGCCCUACGCUGGGGAGCCUGAGGCCAAGAGAGCUGAGUUAGACUCAACUGCACAGUUAGAGCUGCAAGAAGCCCUCUCUGUCCUGUCUGGCCCUGCGCCUCCUCAAGUGUCCUCUGCUCCGGCACGUCAGGAUCAAAGAGCCUCCGUGGAGAACAAAGGAGCGCAUCGCAGCAGGGAGGCCCCGUCCUCCUCAUCCACUCACACUACCUCCAGAGGAGCGGGAAGGGACCGGGACCGAGACCGAGACCGAGACAGAGUUAAAGAUAGAGACAGAGACAGAGUUAAAGAUAGAGACAGAGAUAAAGAGAAAGACAGAGAGAGAGAACGAGAAAGAGAGAGGAAUAGAGAUAGGGAUAGAGACAGGAACAAAGGGAGGGACAAAGACAAGAAGAAGAAAAAACACAAGAGGAGGUCAAGAUCGAGAUCGAAGUCAAAGUCGAAGAGCAAAUACUCCCUUCCCAGUGCCUACAGGAGAGCCCGCAGGUCCCGAUCCCGCUCACACUCCCCUGGGAGAAGGGACAGGGGGGGCCCCUCAUCAGAGAGGAGACGUGAGGACAGAGAGCGGGAGCGCCAUCAUCCCAGCAGCAGCGCCAGCGUGCCCAGGGGGCAUUCGAGAUCCAGGUCUCCUCCUGAAAAAAGGAAGAGCUCUGUGUCAUCCUCAAGACAGUUGCAAGCUGUGGGUUCCUCUCUCUCCCCUUAUACCUCACCCAGCAGAGUUUUGUCCCCAUCAGCGAGCCCCGCCUCCAGCCUGGCCCACUCCAGGGGCGGUUCUCUGGAGAAAGACAAGGCAGUGGCUUCAUCCAUAGUAUCCUCUGUUCAGUCCAAAAUAACUCAGGAUCUGAUGGCCAAAGUUCGAGCCAUGCUUGCCACCUCCAAAACCUUCGAACCUACCGAUUCCUAAAGAGCGCACGGCUUUCUACUGGCCACGACAACCUCGGCCAAUCAGCGACCGGCAUUCUCCGAUUUCCUGGAGAUUUAAUUGGGCCGGGAUCUGUUUCACCGAGUUCAUCCUCGAUUUAUGAUUUUAUUUGGAUUUGAGCGCCAGCAACUUUCAGUUUGGCCACAUUAUGUCUUCUGCAGUAUUGUAAGAGUGAUGUUGAGGCAUUUAUUAAGCUGAAAUAUCUGCUGUCACACUUGAUCUAAGAGCUUGUCAGCUGAGACAUCACGUCAGCAGUUUUGGUGCAAAUGUGGAAAUAAAUAAUCCAUAUAUUUUAUUUUGUAUCCUGUUUUAAAUCACUCUACCUUUCUCCCACAUGGUGACUUCACAGCAUUGCAUAAAGCUGCUGGAGGUCUGUAUUCUCUCCUUCUAUGAAGGGUUGUGUUGUUUUGAUAAAGUCAAUUCCCUCCUCCCUCAUUUACUAAUCUCUGCUUUUGUUAUCCCCUCUUAUCCCCCCCCCCCCUCCCCCCACCAGCUGUGCUCUCCAGCACCUUACAUGUCUGCUUUAGAAGCCCUUUUAAUUUUCUACUCUGUGCUUCGGCUCUAGUGUGUGGCCUUCUACUUCUGUUCCUGGUUUGUACUGUAAUGGAAUAUAAUGCAGAACAACUUUCUAAUCGAAACUGUCAAUAAAGUUUUAAUUAUGAUUUA